CCUCCUCCUCUUCCUUCUUAAUAUUUCAGCUUUGCACCUUUAAAUUAUUUAGUUUUUGCGAUUAACGUUAAUUCGUAAGUUUGUUUCGUAAUUACUUUUCAUUGUCCUUUGUGAUUUUAUGUUAGUAACUUAAUUACUUUUCAUUGUCCUUUGUGAUUUUAUGUUAGUAACUUAAUUACUUUUCAUUGUCAUUUGUGAUUUUAUGUUAGUAACUUAAUUACUUUUCAUUGUCCUUUGUGAUGUUAUGUUAGUAACUUGUAUUACUUUUCAUUGCAGAUGGCAUUCCAAAGGUUCACGCUUGGGUUGCGGUAGAAUGGUUACACGGAAGAGACCGAAAAGGGAGUAAGUUACGUCGGUGGCAAUUUUUAUAAAAUGAAGGUCCGUACGAGACCGAUGCUUGAAGAGCUCCAUCAAAUGUGCACUCAGAUUACCUGCAUGGAUGGCACUAGAAGAGUUGAUCGAAUGGUGUAUCGAUAUCCAAACAGACAUGACGGGUCGCUGUGGAAUGAUGAAUUCCUCCUUACCACUCAGGAGGACGUUGAUGCCAUAGUCCAAUUUUUGACCACCAAUAAAAUUAAGCAAGCAGAGAUGUUUGUUUACAACGAGGUCGUCGAAUGCAGUGUAGGUCAUUCUGGAGAUGGCCAAACAUCUGGUAUCCACGGUGGGAGUGUAUUAUACGAAGAUCAUCCCCACCAGGAUUUCCAAGAGUCGAGCUGGAGGCAGGAGUAUCAUCAUGGAACUGGAGGAAGUCAUCAAUCCUUCCCUUCAUAUGAAGAAGAAGCUCAACAUGCGGAUUACAACCAACAAGCAGGCUACCAGUACCCACCCGAGUACAACUUCUAUCAAAGCGGUGUUAGUUACCACAACUACCAUUACGGAGCUAGUGAAGGUGAAGGUGCCUUUCAUGCUGAUAAUCAGAUGGAAGAAGAGGUCAAUCCAAGUCCAGUUAGUGACCCUGAGGUUGAAGAAGAGGAAGGCGAAGUUAGUGCAGACAGCUUCGAUCCGCUGGAAGGUGCUGAUGAUUCCGGUCCAGAUUCAGACGCAGAUGGUGAUGAGGUACCUCACGAAUGUGUACCUAUUCCAUACUACAAUCACAUUCAAAAUGAAGAUUGGUAUGUUGAUGCCGACAUGGACCCGCCAGAUGUGCCAAUAUGGGGUCCACUAACUGGCUUUAUGAAGGGCCAACAAUUUGCAACGAAGAAUGAGGUCCGACACGAUAUUUCCACUGAAGCAAUGACUCGGAGUUUUGAAUGGCAAACAACCCAUUCCGACACAAAGAGGCUGAUGGUUCGAUGCAAAAAUGAAAAUGAGGGAUGCAAAGUUAGGGUCCGGGCCAUCAAGAGUAAGAGAGUCGGCCAUUGGGUCAUAUCCCGUGCGGUGAACACACACACAUGUGUGUCAUCAAUAACAUCCCAAGGCCAUCGACAGUUGAAAUCAAGGGUGGUUGCCGCGGCUAUCAAACAUCUAAUUGAGGAGCAGCCCGACCUGAAGGUGAAAACCAUCAUCGCCCACAUUUCUAGUCGUUAUGGUUAUAUCAUUAACUACAAGAAAGCGUGGCAUGGGAAACAGAAAGCAAUGGCUGCCGGGUUUGGUGACUGGGAAGAAUCAUAUGCAUUCCUUCCCAAUUUGAUUUUGGCAUUGGAGGUGUCUAACCCUGGCACCAUUUUCUCGCCUCGCUACCAAGAUGAAGAAAUUCAACUGCCGGUGCCUGGUAACAAUUGCCAAUUCAAGCUUCUUUUCUGGGCCUUCAAGCCAUGUAUUGAUGGUGUUCCAUACUGUGUUCCUGUGAUUCAAGUUGAUGGAACAUUCCUUACCGGCAAGUACAAGGGUACUCUACUGAUUGCCAGCGGAGCAGAUACAACCACGUGAUCUCCGCUGUCAACCACGUGAUGGAUACUCAGGGUUGUGCUUACGCCUGAUCUCCGUUGUCAACCACGUGAUGGAUACUUGGCCCUUGUACAAUGGUGGAUUACCAUCCGCAUCGUGAUCUCCCUUUUCUGGCGGACACAACCCUGUGACCGUCCAUAUAAAAUGUUGCCGACCACUCAUAUUGGCAACAACUUUAGGUGGUGGCGUAGAUUCCACACAAACAACAUCACCAUCGAUGGGGAGAUCGGUUAGGAUGGCGAUGUCCUUAAGUGUGAUGGUGCACUCGCCUUCACGAAAAUUGAAGCAGUGUGUCUCCUUUCGCCAUCUCUCUACCAUCGCCGUGAUGAGUUGGCGGUCGAUAUUGAUUCCAUUGAAAUGCUUAAUCGAAUCCAAUCUUGCCCUUUUUAGAAAGGGCAAGAUGACGUCGUUCCAUUCAAGCACAUUCGUUGCGCCCCUAUAGCGGACUAUAUGGUAUGCAUCCUAGAGAAGAAUUUAAAUUUCACUAUAAGUUGAUGAUUUAUACAUAUAUAAAUAUAUUAUAAGAUACAAUUUAUAUAUAAAUCAAGGUUGUUUUAGAGAAAUAUACAUUAUCUAAUAAACAUUAAUUUUAACA